AUGUUGAACUGUGGACAGAUUUGUGUUUCUUCGGACUAUGUACUCACGACGGAAGAGGUGAAGCCAAAACUCGUGGCUGCUCUCGCAAACCGACUAUCGGACUUGCUCAAGAACACCAAAGGUCAAAUACUGUACAAGACCAAGGAAGAACCCAGUAGGUCCGAAAAGUUCUUGGCACCGCACGUGAUCGACAUCAAGAACGAUGAUGUCCUUAUGCAGGAGGAGAUCUUCGGGCCUAUUCUACCAAUUGUGACAGUGAAAUCGUUUGAUGAAUCAGUCGCAUGGGUUAGAGAUCAUGAGAAACCACUUGGUGCCUACAUCUUCACAAAAGAUCCAGAAAAGGCAAGACGCUUCAUAGUGGAGACUUCCAGUGGCGGUGUAACAGUGAACGAUGUCAUGUCUCACUCGUUUGGUAAGUUUUCAGUAAAAUAA